CGCCUCAGCUGGCACGCAGAAGACUUCGCCAUGGACCCCGACGAGCUGCUGGAGGGACACAAGGGCAAGGCCCAGGCGCCUCCCGAGGGCGAGCCAGUGGGAAAAAAAAACAGGCUCGGAGAGAUGGCAGACGCGGCCGACGACGAGCUGGCAAAAGUGGAAGGGGCCUUGAAGGCAAAGGACAUUCAGCAGGCCGUGAACAUCCGCUUGAAGAUGGCUUGCGCUCAUGCACAGCAGCUCAAGGCUGCAGGCAAGGAGUGCGCCGAAGUCACGGCAAUCCAGGAACUGAAGAGCAAGGUGGGCCCACCUCAUUUGUACAUCGCGCGAGCCGCGUUCAAGUCGUUAAAGGAGGACGAGAAGGUUCGCCAGCUGCUGGAGCCGUCGCAGGUGCUGACGGCCCUGCACGAUCAGUUUCUCUGCAAAGCAUCGAUGGAGGAUAUGGGCUUGGUCAUUCGCCACUUCCGCGUGCGGAAGUGUUACAACGAGAAGUUCUGCCGCAUCCAGUUCAGCAUCUCGGGGGGCUUCCAGGUACCGCUGGAGGGUCAGUCCGUCGCCACGAAGCUGCUGCUGGAGCAGUCGAUGAUCAAGGCCCUGACCCACCUCGGGGGCAAGCUCAAACUCGGCAGCACUCCAAUCG